UUUUAAUUUUUUUUUUUUUUUUUAUUGUAGUGUGUGGGUAAGAAGAGCGUCUCCCGUUGCAACAGGACCGACCGUAAACUGACUUGUCGCCAGAUAUUUCAAACAGCGGCCCCGCCUCCGGCACAGAGCAAACUUUAACCGAAAGUAAGAUGUUUCUUCUCAAGAAGAGCUGCGACCUUCGGCUGGAGAGAAGCUGACAGCGGCUCCGACAAGCUCCAGUCAUUCUCAUCAGAUAUUGUAGUGAUAGUUCCUCAACGGAAGAUCCAGACUCUGCUCCCCUCCAGCACUUUGUGUUAAUGUUGAUAAAACUUGAUUUAAAAUCUCAAACAAACAUGGAGUCUCAAAGAGGACUGAGCAGCAGAUGACCGACCAGAGAGGAGUCAAUGAUGGAGGAUCUGCCGGUGAAAAGUGGAGGAAGUGGUGCAACAGGCAGUCAAGAGGAGGAUUCUCCAUUGUAGGAUGGUCAGAGACAAUCUUGAUAAAACAGUAGUACAAAGCCAGAAACAGAACCACACAGCUGAGACACAAAGACAGCCCGCUGAAGAACACACAGGACCCGAACGCGCACAGAGCCCAGAGAGCGUUAACCCAAAGAGCCCAGAGCCGACAGAGAGGCAGCUAGGUUUACUGCACUGGAACAAAUUCAACUUUGAGGAAGAACCUGAAACCUGGCGCCAGCCACUGACUGGAGCUGAUGCUGAGAGCUUGCCCACACAUCUCCGUCCAUUCAGCAGCGCAGAGGAGUAUAAACUAGUGAAACACACUUACCUGCAGCUCCAACACAGCGGUUACUACUGGGGAGCGAUGACUAUGGAGGAGGCACAUGGAAUACUCUCACAGGCACCACUGGGCACCUUCCUCAUCAGAGACAGCGGCCAGCCGGAUGUUUUCUUCACUCUGAGUUACCAAAGCGAAGAAGGACCGACCAGCGUUCGCGUCCAGCUGAACAACCUGCUCUUCAGUCUGUAUGGCAGCCACAGGACUUUUGCUUCACUCUUCUCUCUGCUCACUUAUUACACCGGCUCGUCCUGUAAGCUGACGGUGCCGUAUCGCAAACAGCGUCCGGAGUGCCUGAAGCAGAUGUGCAGGAGGGCUCUUACGCGCGCAUAUGGAGCAGAAAAUAUAAGAACCUUACCUGGACUCAGCACUCAAGUUAAAGACUAUGUUCAUGCAUACCCUUAUUGUAUAUAGACACGUGUGUGGCCAACAAGUGCCUGUUGCUGCGUCAAGAUGUUGUUAUUAUAAGUAAAUACAAAUGUUGUGUAUUUGUAUUGCUUAAGUAUUUGAUUUGUUGUUCAAGUUAUUGUUCGAGUUAUUUGCACACAAUAUGAAAAUGGUAUGUGUCCCUCAGUAUAGUAUGCAUGGUGACACGUGUUAUCGUUUGAAUUCCACAUUUCUUAUCUACGUAUACAGGACACGGUUUCAACAGAUCCCGUGUAACAGCUGCACCACUGCCUUCAUGAUACAUCAGUUUUUAACAUCCAACAAAUAUACAAUUUGCUGCUCUUUUAAAGCUGCAUUAAUUAAUGUUUAGGCACUGGGGGAUAGAAAGAUACCAUAAGAAGCUGACAUAUCACCAGCCUUUUAAUGUUUUAGCCUUAACAGAUAUACUGUUUCUCUACACAGGAGGCAUGAAAUGUCCAAUUUACUUUUACUUUGUUUUGAAUGGAAGCCAUGAGCCGUCAUUGUUGCAUUUACGUUUUUUAAUCCUGUUAUCUCGGGAUUGUGAGUUCAUUAUCUCAAAACAAAAGAGUUGUUUUCUGGUCAUAAUGGGUUAAUUAUCUCAUUAUCUGGGGGGGGUUCUGUGACAAAUGCCUGAUCUUCAUGAGAAAGCAAAAUGUUUUUUUUGAUGGAUUAUGAAUGAAAUUAGGAAGCCUUAUUUGAAUGAAGAAAUUUACCUUUUGUUUUCUAAAAAUAAUUUACUCCUUAUUAUGAGAAUGCAACUUUGUUAAACUGACAUAACAAGACAAAAUAGCUGCAACAACAGGCACUCUUUGGCUUCUGUAGUUUUGGCACCAACUCUUAGAAAAUAUCUGUGACAUAGCUGGAUGCUUAACUUCCAGCCGGAGAGUUACUAUUUUAUACGUAUAGUUUUUGCCUUCUGACAGCAGCUGAGACUUAGAGAGUUGAUGAUUAUUCUCGGUGGGUGGGUCACUAAGAACGACCCCUUUCCCAUUACAUGUAGCCAUUUGAAUUAUAAUAUAGAAUAUAACAGUAUUGAUUAAUGCAGUUUUAACUACUCAUCUACACUUGAAAUCAUUUUAUAUGCGUGGUUGCUGUCCUGUGAAACGAGAAACUAUUUAGCAAAUCUGUGUUCAUGUUAGUAAGUUAAAAUCUUACAGCAUGGAUGGUUAAUGUGUUUCAGUAGCAUUUUGUGUUGUAUUUGUUGAAAUACCCCUUUACAUCCUGACAGCAAUCAAUAAAUCAAAUGCUCUGGAAAAAACAAAACAAAGAGAAUCCGGUACCUGUUGCUGUCGCAGCCCUUCUGGCUGAAUGAAAUGAUUGGCUACUGUGUAUGCAUUGUGCAUGGAGGAGUGGUUUUGGAGAGGAAGUGGGGUUUUUUUGUUGUUGGAUACUUUCCAAAGCUGUCUAAACUAAAUUAUAAGACUGUACUGUAAUUAUUAUCACAGCUGGUGGUGAUAUUUACAUUCUCAUCUAAUUUAUGAAAAUCUGCAUUUCACGGGUUGAAAAUGGCUCAGCAGGCCAAUGCUGACUUAUACGCCACCACCCUCGCCCUCUAACCAGAGGGCUGCACUCAUUUUUUAAAUGUAUACUUAUCGAGACACAUCAUUCACCAAAGUUGAUGCCUUUUUUUGCUAACCCUCAACUUUGUUUUCUUGGACAGCCCUGGAUGAUGAUCCAAUACCCUAACGCUGCAUUUACGUGGAUUUAGGUAGACAGACAAAUACCGUAUGGAUGGCAUGAGAAAACGAAACAUGCAUGACGAUGCGUUGCUGUGGUGAUGUCUUGGUAACAUAGAAUGAAAUAAAAUAUAUUAAAUACAA